AUGGACGAAGACCUCCCCCGCGCGCACAUCAAGCGCCUCGUCAAGCACAAGCUCUCGACGCUCGAUAACGUCGACGCCAAGGGCCAAUCGUUCGAACCAAACAUUCAAAAAGAAGCCCUGACAGCCUACGGCGAGUGCGCGAAAAUCUUCAUCCACUACCUCACCGCCACGGCGAACGACGUCUGCCGCGAUCACAAGCGCUCGACGAUCAGCGACGCGGACGUGCUGGCGGCGAUCGAGGAGUGCGAUUUCGGCGAACUGGUGGACGACGUCAGGGCGACGCUGGACGCGUUUCGCGACGCCAAGAGGACGAAAAAGGCGAGAGACGCCGAGGCCAAGGAAACGAGGGACGAGGGCGACGACGACGAGGUAGAAAAGCGGGACGACGGCGGCGGCGACGGCGCGGCGUGA